AUGAAAAAGCCUGCAUCUACCACCUAUCAUGAGGAACUCUUUAGAGAAACCAGCAAGACUGCCCAAGCAGCCACUGUUGACAACAUCAAUGAGCAUCAGCUUACUUUGGGACAAGUCUUCAAGAAACACCCCGCCCUUAUUGGCUGGUCCUUCUUCUGGUCGAUAUGUGCCGUCGGAUCGGGGUUUGAUGCUCAGAUUAACGGAGCCAUGAUUUCCGUUGCCUCCUUUCGAAAGGAUUUUGGAUACCAGACUGCCUUCAACAUGAUCAGCUCAGUCAGCAUGCUAUUCGGUGGCUUUGCAUGUAGCACACUUGCGGACAAAUGGGGUCGCCGUACAGCACUGAUGUGUGGUAUUAUACUGUGUACCGGAGGACCACUUUUUUGUGGUGAGAUUGCCCCCGUCGUUCUUCGAGGUAUCUCAACGGCCGGCAUCAACCUCGGAAUAGCUAUCGGCCAGCUCCUCUCCAAUGCUGUCGUAAAGGCGUUUGGCGAAAGGACUGACCGCUGGGCGUAUGCUGCACCCUUCGCUAUCCAACUGUUCUUCUGUCUAUUCCUCAUGUGUGGGUUGCCUUUCGCGCCAGAAUCGCCAUGGUACCUAGUCAGAAAUGGGAAAGAUACCGAGACCCUCCGUGCGUUACAGAAACUUUGGGGCAAGGAUACUAACGUUGAGGACAAACUUGCGGCUCUUAAGACCACCAUCUCAGAAGAGAACAACCAGAAAGAGUCUAGGUUUCUCGAUUGUUUCCGAGGUACCAACCUGGUUCGGAGCUGCAUCUCAACUGGUGUUUUUGCUUGCCAACAUUUUGCCGGCAUCGUUUUCGUCCUCGGUUUCUCGACAUACUUCUUCCAACUUGCUGGUUUAGAUACCAGUCGAUCUUUCGAUCUCGGUGUUGGCAUCACAGCUUGCGGUGUAGCAGGCAACAUUACUAGUUGGUUCGUGGUCGACACGUACGGUCGACGUAAAGUAUUCAUUGGUGGCAUGGCUGCACUCACUACCCUCCUAUUGCUGAUUGGAAUUAUGGACGUUAUUCGGAUAGGUCCUUCAAAGUGGGUACAGGCUUCCUGUACUGUCAUUUAUGCCUUUCUAUACUUUAUGACCAUCGGCGCCAUGGCAUUUGUGCUUCUCGGAGAGGCGUCGUCCAUGGGACUUCGAGCCCACACCACCGCUCUUGCCACCGCCACUCAAUCUAUUCUCGGAAUUAUUAUGAAUAUCGCCAUUCCAUACAUGGUUAAUCCGGACGAAGGAAAUCUAAAAGGUAAGGUCGGCUUUGUGUUUGGCGGCCUUGCCGCUAUUGCUACUCUCGGUGCAUGGAUCUAUGUCCCAGAACUCAAGGGGCGUACAAAUCGUGAGAUUGAUAUGCUUUUUGCGGCUCUUAUUCCUCCAAGGAAGAUGGGCUCGUAUCAUCUUGAUCAGGAGGUCGCAUCAGAUGCAAGAAUGACCAUGAAGCGAAUCCAGGCUUGA